AUGCUUGGUACGUAACAUUUAUUUCUUUUUGUUGCUACCCUGUGAACAUUCUUUUUCAGUACUAUUCUUCCUGAACUUUGAAUUCGAUGAAAAGUACGGAAGGUCUCGAGCAGUCACAACACAGUCUGUUUUUUUCUAUUCAUCUUCAUUUUAAAUGCGUCUUUAGCAGGGCGUUAGCCGAAAUGCAAAAUGAGAAUUUGACAACGAGAAAAGUGCGAUAUUUGUCGUCGAAACUAGCAACGACCGCUAGAUUAGGUAAGCGAUCUUUGAAGGCCUGUAUCUCGGGAACCAGUGAUCUUUGUGAAAAGUGAUCAACAGGAAAAUUGUAGAAAAUUUCAAGCUGAACAACUUUGUAAUUGAUCAUUUCACACCAAUAUCUUUUAUUCUCAAGUUACACGUCUUUCAGCCAACCACAUUUUCGAAUUGGUUUCCCUGUACGGAAUGUCGAAAACCUUGCACCGAAAACCGGCGAUUUUCGUGGAAGACCUCAAAUAUACACGAUUGAUGAAUGGAAUUCAGAAGAUAUUUCCAGCAUUGCUGGAGAAAUUCACAAUAUUUAAAACUCAGGUAUCACCCAUUUCCCCAAUCUUCAAAUCGCAACGUUUCUAGCCACCGCCUGAAGCGGAAAGAUUUCUGUUGAGCGAAAAGUGCUGUAAAUUCGAUAGUCCGGAUAAAAUCGAUAAUGUCACUUCUGAAUAUCUGCACCUAACCGGUCAUUUUUAUCAGGUCACUUCGAAGAAAUCGACCACUCCUUUCAAUGCACAGUUUUUUCUUCAGAGCUGGCGAUAUUUUGACGAGUUUCGAGAAGAAGUCUUAGCAUUUGUGAAGCCGGCGAUCAAUUUCAGUCCUUUGCCCGAAUCGAACGAUGAAAAUUUCAUGUAAGUUGGCGGAAAUGUAAGAAAAAUUGAGCUCUUUGAACGCUUUCAGCACUUGCAUUCACAUCCGACGCACCGAUUUUGUCGACGGUGAACACCACGCAUCGAACAUCAGUUUCACGACGAAGGCACUCGAAUUUGUACGGAACUCAGGUAUUUUUGCCUCAUUCUAGAGACGAUCUCCCGUAUUUUAAGCCAAAGCGGGAGUUUGUAGCAUUGUCUUGAAAUUGGUUACAAUUUUUCAUAAUUGCACGGUCUCCAGAGCUGACAAUGGGCGCAAGUGAGCCCCGCCCAAUAGAGCGAUACAUUGGCGCGAAAUUCAAAUUUUAGCAGAAAAAUUUGUUUUUUUUUGCGAGAUUAGCCACGAAAAACCGAUAAUUUCUCAUUUGUCUCUCGAUUGACCGAUUGUAUAGGCUAUUACGAUUUUUUUAAGCGCAAGAGCGUCAAACGCAAAUCACAUUUAUCCGUUUGAAGGUUUUUGGCUAAAACUGCGUGAAUUUCAGUUGCUUUUCGGUAGUUUUCGCGGUUCGAGCGCUCAAAAUGCUUGUAUUUACGUGAUUUAUCAUUCUCAAAACCAUUUCUGUCUGAAAACAGUCAAGAAAGCGCAAAAUGAGAAGUGCGGUGAUCGGCGGCGAAGGCGAAAAAGCAAAGUCUGCGAAAAAUGCGCCAAAACGUCAUUAAUUCUCGAGAAUUAGUGUGUUUUCAUGUCGAGCAAUCAUUUUUCAUCGCCUUUGACCACAAAAAUCAGAGAAAACGUGCUCAAUUCAUGAAAACGCCAUUUGGCCGCUGAGGCCACGCCCAUAUUGUCAGCUCUGGAGACCGUGAGAUGAGGUUUUACGAAUUUGAAUAAAAGCGAAAAAGGUAUUUCCGGUUGCAAAACGGAUGUUUUAGAGCAGCUGAAAAUCGAAAAGACGAAAAAAAUGCUGACGGUGAUAAUGGGCGACGACGCGGAUUACGAAGAGACAAUGUUCCCGAAGACGGUGCGAGCACGGAAAGGCGCCGAGGUCAAGAAUACGGUAGACGGGUUACUGUAGUUCUGAAGUUCAUUCGGUUCUUGUUUACAGACCCAAUUCUUUGUAUCGGUUAAUAUGCCGCAAAAUGACUUGGCCUACUCGCGAUACAAUUGUGACGCGGUGCUCAUUACAGGUAAGCACCACAACAUUGUCCAUUCAAAGCGAUUUAUCUCAGCUGCCGGUAGAGAUAUAAAAAAGUGGUCAACUGAUAAAAUGUGUACAAUUUCUUACUAAACAUUGCAUCAGUUGACCACUUUUUGAUAGCUCAACCGGCAGCCGAGAUAUUUCAUCCUAAAAUCUUGUAGCUCCUUCGUCGACAUUCGGCUGGUGGCUCGGCUACCUUUCCAAGGGACAGUCCGUCUAUUACCAAGACAUCAGGUUCACCAACGACGUCAAUUAUGUACCCUUUUCCCAAAUUUACAGUCCCCCCCAAUUCGUACUUUCAGAGAAAAGGCGAACUGGAUCCGGAUGACUUCUUUGUGCCCCGAUGGACGGCCCUAAACAUGAAUGCCAACGGGGAUAUUGUCAAAGUUUCAUAA